CACAACCAUUCCGUCUCUAGAAAUGAUGAUAAACACAACAUUCAACGACGGCAAUGGUGGCAACCGAUUGCGAACAUGACGGGGAAAAAAAUAUCUCUGUUUUUCUUCGCACUGAAUCUCCUUGGACUCUUUCAGUACAGGAAUGUAAUGCGUCGAGUGCUGCAUGAAACGACGAUGCAAAACGAAGAUUUCGCAGGAAGCUAUCCAUAUCAUCACCGACUCAUCAACGAUACGAAAAUAGAAAAUAGUAGUGGAAUAGAAGAACCUCAGUCGCCGAUAUCAGCUCCAGCCAGUGCUAUAGAAGGACAUGAUAUCCAGUUGAAUACGACGAUUCUACCAGACAUCGUUUCUCAGCAAGAGCAAGAGCAGGAGCAACACAAACAGCAACAACAGAACACAACUAUUUCAUCAACAUUAMCUUUGAGUUCAAACAAGGUUGAUAACAGAGGGAAAUUUGCUUACGCCUUUUUGAUAGGUGGAGCGAUGACUGAAAAAAAAGGUUCGGCUUACCUUGGGGGGUUAUACGGAGUUGUCGUGGCAGUGCACAGUCUGAGACGUCAAGGUAGCAAGGCCGACUUCGUCGUGAUGAUACAAAUUUCAGCCACAACAAAUGAAACGAAACUUCCGGAAUUAGAAGAAUCAGUGCUGAAAGCGAUGAACAUACACGUCAAAUAUCUACCAAAAUAUUCAGAUCCCAAAUUUGAAUGCUUCUAUUCGUUGAUGAUGGAAAAAUUUCGAAUAUUGCAGUUCGAAGAAUAUAGUCGAGUAUUGUAUCUGGACGCUGAUAUUUUGCCGAAGAGCAAUUUAGACUACGUAAUGGAACUGAGUGAACAAGAUGAUAUGUUCAGAGAAAAUGUUGUCCUUUCAUACAARCAAGAACCAGCCACUGGCGGCUUCUUUGUAUUGAAACCAAAUGCUAGCGACUACGAAGAAUUGGUUGACAUCGUUCGCAAYRUCGAACACAAAUAUUUACAGAUACCAUACCCCCACUGGGACAAUUCAGAGGUAAGGUAACGUCAACUACUUCGACACAGAUAAAUUCUCUAUAUCUCUCUCAAUUGAUUCAUUAUUUUUCGCAAUGUUUAAAAAAUACUGGUAUUAGGGAUGGGGGCACGUCAUYGACGAAUCAGAUCCUUGGAAGUCAACGAAGACAAAGAGAGGUACUAAAUGGAAUUUUUAUGGGUCCCAGGCUGACCAGGUGAGUAGAUACUUGGUUUUGGUGACAAAUGAAUAAAUAUGCGUUACGUGKAUCUUAUUUCUUUCGACGAUGRUUUUUUCCGCUAUCUCAAAACCCAUAUUAUUGCAGGGAUUCUUAUAUUAUUGGACUAAGUAUUAUAAAAAGUCUGUAUCGAUAAUAAAUCUUGUCGAUAUUCAACAUUGGGGACUCGAAUCUGGAACAAACAGUCUCCAAUUACUACGUCAUGAUAAUGAUACUCUCAGAGAAUACAUGUGCACGAAUUCCGAGUGUGACAGCUCUGCAUGGAAGAUGGCGCCUUACCAAAAUUUUGUCCAUCUCACUGGUCGAAGCAAACCUUGGUACAAAAAUCGCACAUCACUUGAAGAAGGAAUUAAUUCGAAAAAGAACCACACGUCGUUUAAACGCUACAGCAAUGAAGAAUAUUGGUAUUGGUUGUUGAAAAACGCUCUACAAGAAACAGGUUUUCAUGAUCGUGUUUCGCUCGAUUUUAUCACCCAAGAAAAGAGAGAAAGCGCAGUAGGGUCGACUCCUAGUUUUGAUCAAAGGGCGCAAUAUAUCCGACGGAAGGCCAAAAAUGGUUGGCGGCAAUACGAGUACGAAGAAAGAGAUUUUAACGAAGGCAACUACGAUGAACGUUUACUUACUCUUGCAAAUUCUGGAAGAGAAACUGGUCGGCGAGCACAGGAUCUCGUGGCGUCUUUGGAAAGUUUUCAACCUCAAACAGCAUUGAGACCAUAUCUCAUCAGAUUGGAGGCCAUUAAAAACAAUUUGAUGACACAAGCGAUGCCUCAAAUUUCGCCUGGAGAGGAGGAAACUGCAUUAGAUUCGACAUCAGCAAACGAAGCUGCGGACACACGAAAAUGGGCAUAUGCGUUUUUAUUAGGCGGAGCGCGUUCGAACACCACUGAGACAGAGUACUUGGGUGGAUUCUACAGUGUCGUGGUAGCUGUAUAUCAGUUGCGAAAACUUGGUUCUAGGGCCGAUUUUGUUUUGAUGGUUCAAAUUGCAGCCGAGAGCCCUCACCACAAACUUUCAGGAUUUGAACAAGAUAUAUUGCAAAAGAUGAAUAUAAAGGUCAUAUAUAUCCCAAAGUUUGCGAACGGCAAAUUGGAAUGUUUCUAUUCGCGUAAGUAUCUACAAAUAAACAAAAAGAGACAAAGAGAUGAAAAUAGAUUGAUAUCGACGUGAUUUUUUGUCUGACUCAAUUUCUUUCUCACACGCAUUCACAAUACAACAACACGGCACACAACCAAAUACUUCUAUUGCCACCGCGGUUCAYAGUUAUGAUGGAGAAAUUCCGUAUUUUGAACUUGACAGAAUACUCCCGCGUAAUGUAUUUGGACUACGAUGUCUUGCCAACAUGUAAUUUAGACUAUCUUUUUGAUUUGAGUGAUCCAUUACCGCGACUACCUGGACGGGGGUCAAACAUGAUGGACCAAACAUCCGAUGCUACGUUUCGAUUGAAAGAGAAUGUUAUACUUGCGUAUCAAUCAGAGCCUAGUGCUGGGGGUAUCUUUAUUCUAAAACCUGACGCAAGUGACUUCAACCAGAUCCAACGUAUAAUCUACGAGAAGGAAGUCAGGUCAUCGAAACAACCGUAUCCACAUUGGGAUCCAAUGUUUGUGAGUAUAGCGUUACGAGMUGAGGAAAUAAUGAAACACAACAUCUCAUCGUUUCAAGUGGUGUCCGAAGUGUGUCAUGACAUGAUUCGAGUCUCAUCUGGUUUGUUUUUCUGUUAAAACUCAGGGAUGGGGACACGUCAUUACGAAACCAGAUUCGUGGAAGGACAUGAGAGGUCGCACAGGAUCUAAUUGGACUUGGUAUGGAGCGGAGGCCGACCAGGGUUUAUUAUACUACUGGACAAAAUAUGUCAAGAAGUCGGUAUCCAUCAUUAGUAAGCACAAUAUAGAGCAAUGGGAUUCAAAUUAUUGGGAUACUGAUUCGAAAGGAACAUUGUUCCUUCGUCAAAAUGAAACCAACAUGCCUSAAAUCGCGAAGAAGCCUCUUGAGAACUACGGGUGCCCUGUAGAGGGAUUUUUGCCUGCACCUUACAACGAUUUUUUUCAUUUGACGGGGAGAGCCAAACCUUGGUUUCUAGAAAGAGAGCAGUUAGAAAACCCGGAUUGCUUUAAUAAUAACAACGAACGCGAAUGUAAAAUGCAGGCAAAAUGGUACAGAUUACUAAAUGAAGCAAUGGUUUCGAUUAAGAUUCCAGAUGGUUUUUCGUUGGAUUUCCUAGGUACCAAAAAGUUGGCGCCCGUGGGACACGCUCCGAACGAUAAGGUACGUAAAUGGGAAAGGUUCAACACUGUUGAAAAAAGCUACUUGCCAUGCGAAAAACUCAUCAAUAAUUCAAUCCACAGCAAAUUUCUGAAUAUUUGGCUGUCAAGAAAAACAGGCAUUGGAACCAAUAUGAAGAUCUGAAAAUUGAGCAAUAGCCUACACAGUGCAACAAAAACAACUAGGCCAUUUUGCCAUUACGGCGAAGAAAAGGACAAGAAUGAUAAAGGAUAUAAAUAUCCAAUUCAAUCCACAGCCAAUUACUGAAUAUUUGGCUGUCAAGAAAAACAGGCAUCGGAACCAAUAUGCAGAUAGCAACGAAAACAACUAGGCCAUUUUGCCRUUACAGCAAAGAAAAGGAUGAGAAUGACAAAGGAAAGGAUMUAAAUAUCCAAAUCUUCACAUUUACUCAMAGAAUUGUGUCAGAAUGAUUGUAAUUGUCAUGACCGAAUGAUGCCAUUAUCAUCUGCAAUCCGCCRUAUCCGUCGAAACUUAAUCUUGAGUCUGUCUUUCUACCCAGCUUCUCAGAAAAGAGGUGAUGUAAAGAAAAAYUCGGAUCAAACCAUUGUUGUGGCUCGACCAAGUCAUGACUGACGAGAUCAUGAAAUGAAUAUCCAUARAAGGACAAAACUAACUACUAUACUUCAAAUUCGCCCAUGAUACGAUCAUUUCUGACUUUUUCUCUCGAUUGAAAGCACAGUACGGAAAAUAAUGCUCUAAGGAUGAC